AACUUUAUUUUGUUCUUAAUUUUUUCGUUUAUUUAUGCUAUCUCUGUAAUCACUAAUCAGUGUUGUCUAAUCCAUACGAAUUGUUUGUUUGUAGUACAAAAUUGGUGUAACAUGGAAUAAUGAUCAAACAUUUGCUUGAUCUGGACUUCAUUAGUAUUCAAAUGAAAUAGUGUGUAUAGCAAAUUUUUCAAUUUCAAAGGGAUGCCUGUUAUGAAGAUAUAAAAACCAGAUCGAAAUCCAUCGUAAGCAGAGAAUAAAAAUAAGUUUCUGGUGCAACAGCCGUAAGUUAACUACAUCAAGCCUAUUAGACAUUCAACAAAUGCUAUUCACCCAUGACUUCCCUCUCUGAGUACUUCGAGACAGUUGAUUUACAAGACGUCUUAACUUCUGAGGAUAUUACUGUGAUAAACGAUGUAACAAGUGGAGAAAUAAUUGACUUAGUAACACCUGAUUUAACUGAAACUGAAAAAUCAAACCAAAGUAAUAAUGUGAGAAAUAACAGCUCUAGCGAUUUAAUCGUGGAUAACACACAAGAAUCAACUGACAAUUAUUGUAAUGUUACUAGUGGUGCUAUGUCUAAUUCAGUAGCUCAGCAGAAAGCUGCAAGUUGUAGUUUGAACAACAGUGUUAACAGUCGCAUCGGCCCAUUCGCCGACUACAGACCAAUCUGUGGUUGUGGAGUGGUUCAAGAGCUUACAUCUCGAACUGAAGCAAGAUUUUUGCUCAGUUUGUUGAAUGAUAUGUCACAAAUGAAUCCUAUUCAGAAAAGAAUAUUCAAGCAAAAGAUUGUUGAUUUGAUUAGUGAAGUUGACUCGUUUGAGUUGACUGAGGAUCGGUAAAUUAUAAUUAUUAAACAGUCAUAGAUACUGUGCCUUAAGCUAUUUAUUCAAGAUAUACUACUUGUUCUCGUGUUAACAUGGAAGAAGUUGCUGAUUUGUCUACUCUUCAAAAUACAGAGGUUACAGAUGAGGUUAAGGAAUACAUUCCCAUUGUACGUAGGAUGCGAAGUAGUCAAUACCGGUAUGUUGUAAGGAACUCAACUACCGUACCUCAUAAGUUACCUUGUAAUGGCAACCCUGGUGACAAGCGUAAAAAGGUAACUCUCUCUAUGGAGGAAAAGUUAAGAGCUCUGCAAAGACUAGACGCUGGUGAGCCUUUAAGGAUAAUUGCUAAAGACCUAGGUGUAGGAAGAAGUACUGUGAGUGAUUGGAAGAAACACAGACUAGAAAUAGAAAGAUGGUAUGCUAAUCAGACUGGGAAUAGCUCUAUUAAAGCGAGGAAAACCAUGAGAAAAGGUAAACACGCUCGGGUAGAAAAGGCACUUUAUCAUUGGUUUGAAUACAAUAAAAGUAAAGGAUUUCCAGUGUCUGGACAGUUGUUGCAGCAGAAAGCGCUUCACUUCAAAGAAAAAAUCGAUGGAGAGGAAGGAGAACAGUUCUCUGCGAGUGAAGGCUGGUUAGACAGAUGGAAGAAACGAUUCGGUAUUGGACUACUAGUGAACGAUAAUGAAAAUGAAAAUGAUUAUUUUGUUGAAGAGUUGAGAAAAGACCUUGAAUGUUCUAAUUUGAAAGAAGAACAAAUUUAUUGCUGUGGUCAAACUUUGUUGAAUUAUAGAUUGCUGCCACCAAACAUUCUUGGGUCCAACAACAAAGUGACUGAGGAAUAUGAUGUCAACGAAGAAACAAUGAUGUUGUUUGCAUGCUGCAAUGCUACAGGGGGCCACAAGUUGAGACUCACUUUUAUUGUGAAAUCAGAUAAGUUCCAGGAAUUUGAAACUGUAAAAGACAAUGAACUACUGCCUUUUGGGUUUUUUCAUCAUAAAGAAGUUUGGUUGGAUGACGAUAUUUUUAAAACAUGGUUUCAUAAUGAAUUUGUACCUGCUGUUGAGAAAGACCUGUUGUCAAAACAAUUGGCAAGAAAAGCAGUUCUUUUGGUUACAUAUUACCCUGCAUUCAGUUGUUUGAGUGAAUUACAUGAUAAAGAUAUCAGAGUUAUAUUCAUUCCUGUACAUGCUGCUUCCUCUUGCCAACCAAUGAACCAAGGUGUUUUUGAACUGUUAAAAAAAAAGUAUUGGUGUCGACUCUUAAGAUCAGUGAUAUCAACAAGAACCGAUUGUGAAGACUGCAUAACGACUGUGAGAAAUGUUGAAAUUAUUGAAGCAAUCCAAUUUGCAUCAGAAGCUUGGGAAGAAAUUCCUACGGUAUCUUUAAUCCAAUUGUGGGAUCACUUGACCAACCAAAGAGAAUACAAAGACUGGGCAGCUUGUGAGAGCCAAAUCAUCGAUGUGGCAAAUGACGAAAAAGAACUUGCCUCUUUAUUGAAGAAAAUUGUUGGCUCAGAUGACAUUAACAUGGAGGAUCUGAAUGAGUGGUUGGUAAAUGAAGAUGAGGAUGAAGUUGUUUGUGAGGAUAUUGUGGCAAUGGUUCUAAAGGAGCCUCAACUCAAUUUAGAUCUUUCUGGAGACAACUCCAUAAGCAAUGAAGAACCUUCCACAGAAGCUAUAGAAAUUAAAACUGAACUUACUGUUGAGGGUGAAGACACUUGUGCUGGAAAUACAGUUCCUCAAGUUGAACGUAUUAGUCAUUUUGAAGGCUUCAAGGCGAUAUCAAAGGCUUUGGAUUAUAUUAACCAACAACAAGAAGCUACCCCAGAAGACAUCACUUGGAUGGUGAAAUGGAGGGACAGUGCUGCCGGUAAAAGUUUACUGGAAGCUAGUCAUAAGAUGUCAGGGAAAAGACCAAAGCUUAUUUAACAUGGAUUUUACAGUUAAGUAUUUUAAUGGCAGUUGACAAAAGUUAAGCUUCAACCUAAGUACAAAUAACAGUUAUUCCAAUAUUUAGGCUGCAGCUUUCAAAUCAGCUUAACAAGGUCAAUUCAAUGGUUUAGCAUUGGCAUCAUUAAAUUAGGAUAGGAAUAUAAACUUUGAAGGUUAAUUUAAAGGUUCAAAAGUAGUACCUGUUAAACUCUAGUUAGGCUACAACGUCGCGACAACAUUUUUUCUCACAACCUUGUGGAUAGAGGUGGCCACACUAGGCAACAAUUUUAACCUUUCAGUUGACUUUUUACCAGUACCUGGGGACUGAGCUUUGCCUGAGGGAAUUCAUUAGUAUACUCUGAGAGCAAUCUUUUGGUCAAUGUCAUUUUCCAAAACUUCUUUUGCAGUCUAUUUGUAACCUGUUAAAACAGUAAUAGGCUAUUGUAGUUGACUUUGUUCAGGUAAACAGUAAUUACCUAUAUUAUUAAUACAAACUGACCUUACAUUUUUGAAAAAGUCCCUUGGGCUCUGUCCCAGUUGCUUUUUAAAUUUACCAUGUUAUCCUUAUGAAGAACGUAACCAACACACCCAUUGAUCUAAAAAUUAAAAACAAGAUACUGCAUUUGAUAAGUAGGCCUACAGUUAACUUUAGGCCUACAAUAAGCCCUUUUGGAACUUAUUGUUGAAUCAAGGUAAAAAGGUGUGUAAAAAUCAAAUUAUGUCUUAACUAACAACAUUGUCAGAAUGCAACACCUCACUAUCUGAAAUUUUUUAUCGGUGUAGAUCAUAUAAGUUAGAGGUUAAUUUAAUUUUGGUGCCAUAUAUAUUUGUUAUAUAUUUCAUAAUACCUUUUAAGAUACACAAUGUAGGCAAUUGGACUCCAAGACUGUUUUUUAUAUUUUUAAAACAGAAAACCCGGUUUGAGUUUUGUAUUAUUUUUGUUAAAACUUGUAUUUAUAACUGUUGAAAGUUGCCAAUUACAAGGUUGUUACCAUCCAUCUCAAUACAAUUUCCCUGCAAUUCCUUGUGUUAAGCUGCGGCCUAAACUCAACUGUGGAUAAGGUUUCAUGGUGUAUUUUUACACCUUAAUUAGUUGGUUUUUGAUCUUAAGUCUUUACUUAGAAGGCUGUGGUAUUACUGUCUAUUAUUAUGUAAACCUGAUCGUGUCUACUCCCUCACAAUAUCAAAUAGGGUGUUACUGUGUUGUAAAUAGUUAGGUUAAGAAGAUUUACCAUUAUUUUAUAAUAAGUAAAGUACCACACAAUUUAUAAAAUUUGUUUUUAUGUAAAUUGUAAAAAAAAUAUUUGAGUUUGUCCUUUUACUUUAAACCACGUGUACCUCAGAUGUUUUAUGUGUCUUUCUAUUAUGAAUUAAAGUUUCAUUUUUGUGGA